UCUGGAUUAUAAUAUUGGAAUUCAUAUUUAGGAAAUGGAAGAAGGGUUUUUUACUGAAGAGGUUGACCAAGACAAGCUUAAGAUGCUGGUAGAGCUAGGUUGAGAUGAAGAGAAGUCUAAGUUAGCGAUGAUGAUCACAGGGAAUUCAGUCGAUUCGGCAGCGACUUUAGCAAUGGAGCUAGAUUUAGAGAGGCUUCUGGAGAUGGUACAGGAUGCCAGGGAAGGAGGACCUGGGGAUGAUGAUGAAGGGGAAGGUGCUGGAAUAGCACAAGUUGACCCAAAUGACCUCAUGGCAGCAUUUGAACACUCUUUACAAUGAAAAAUGAUUAUUAUUGUCAGAAAAGAUCUCGGCAUGAGUACAGGAAAAAUUGCAGCCCAAGUUGGACACGCAGUUCUUGGACUUUAUAAAGAAGCUAGUGUGGAAUAUCCUGAAAAAGUCGCUCAAUGGGAGAUGCUCUCAUGGCCUAAAAUUGUUCUUGAGGCUGAAAGUGAAGCUCAAAUGGAUGAACUAAGAGCAAAAGCAGAAGAAGCAAAUAUUUGACAUUUCCAAGUCCAAGAUGCUGGAAGAACUGAAGUAGAGCCCAACACAAAGACUGUUCUAGCACUUGGUCCUGAUCUUAAUAGCAAUAUUGAUCCAAUCACCGGGAGUCUGAAGCUUUUGAAAUAA